GAUGAUUAUUCUGGACUCCCUUACCACAUUGAAGCUUCUUGGGCUGGAGGAGGAGUUCGAGCGGGCGGCCAAGUUUGUGGACAAGGAGCUGUCGUUCGACAGCGCGGACCGCGAGAUCUCCGUCUUCGAGAUGACCAUCCGCGCGCUCGGUGGCCUGCUGGGCGCGCACGCCCUCACAGGGCGCCGGGUGUUCCUGGAGCGCGCGGAGGAGCUCGGGCAGCGGCUGCUUCCGGCCCUCAACACCACCUCGGGGCUCCCGAGGCCGAGGUGGAACAUUGCCCGCGGGGGCGCCCGAGCCACCAACGAGCCGACCAUCCUGGCAGAGGCUGGCAGUCUGCAGCUGGAGUUCCGCUACCUGUCGGCGCUCACCGGCGACGCGCGCUUCCGCCAGGCCGCCGACGCCUGCUUCGAG